CUUACCUCACUGUGGUUUCCUGUUUGUAGGUGGGAGGAUGUUCGAGACGGUUGCAGCAGCGUGCAGCUUUCUAACGCCCGGCGAGGCUCUGAGCUGUCACAGUUCCAUCUCCUGAUUGGGUCGAGGUGUCGGUGUGAAACCUGUGUGUGUGUGUGUGUGUGUGUGUGUGUGUGUGUGUGUGUGUGUGUGUGUGUGUGUGUGUGUUGCUGUUCUGAGCUGCAGGGCCUCGUCUCUCCAGUUUCCAGUUUGCAGUUUGCAGUUGUGAGCGUCUGAAAGAGGGCAGUUUGAUCAGCCCACACACACCUCGCUCUCUGCAGAGCGGAGAGGUUUGAUGCCAGUUAGUCACCUUGUCGGACGUCUCUUUGGACAAACUAUCCUGAGCUGAUGGUCGAUCGCCAUCUUGCACGGAGGAAAUCAACAUCACAGGAUCUGUGGAGGGAACUGAAGCGAUCUGACUGCAGCGACAGACGGAGGAGGAGAGACGUUGACAGAGAGGGAGGGAGGAAAAGCUGAAGUAGGUCUCCAGAUCUGAGCCCAGAAGCCUUCAGACAUGGCGGAUGUCAUACAGUAGUCGCCUCAUGUGGACCAGAUACUGCAGGGGGACACGAGACCAGCAGCAGGCCCCGAAACUUCACCCGUCCUCCAUCAUACCACCAACCCUCCAACCGCCGUCUGUCCUCAGCUCCAGGUGAAACAUGGCCACCUCCUGGCUGAUCUGGGUUAUGGUGGUCGCCAUCUUCGUCUCCAUGGUGCUCCUGGCUGUUGUGUGUCUGCGCUGCCGGAACAAAGGCCCUCUGGUCUCCAUCAGGCAGACUUCAGAGGACUACAUACCAUCAACUCAGUUCAGAGUCAUCCAUCCAUUUGCAGCUCAGACGAACACCGACCUGUCCUCCAACCUGCUGUCACCUUUCUCGUCUUCUGCUCAUCUAGGAACUCAGCGGAGAUUCCCGUCCGUCACCCCGACAGAAACUGAAAGUAAUCCAAGUUAUGAAAAUCCACCAGACGGUCCUGACUACAUAAAUGCAGAGAGCGAUGCAGACGACCCCGGCUACAUAAUCGUGUUGCCCGAAGGUGAGACUCCUCUGACCAAUCAGAGCCGAGCCUCAACACCCAGUUCAGAUGUUCUACAUGAUUAUGAAAACGUCCCAGAGAAGAGCGAGGACAGAGACUAUCUGAAUGUGGAGCCGCUGCACUUUCAACGAUCGACACCAGAUCUGUCGGCUCGAAGCGACAGCGAUGAUGACGAUGAUGAUGAUGAUGAUGAUGAUGAAGGGAACUACGUUAACGUGCAUGAUGGGACUAUGACUGACUGAC